AUGGAACACAUAAAUAGACACUUUACAGAACGCUAGUGAUUAUUAUUGCCAAGCAGUUGACUAGAUCUGCAACUUGUAGCACAGGAUCUUCGUUCAGCACAAUGGAGAGCUCCAGGCUCAGGGUCCUGGCACUAGGCUGCUGCCUGCUACUAAUUGCUGCUGUCUGUGGCCAGGAGGACAGUUCUGAGCUGGAGACCAGGGCAUUAAGGGACUUUUACCCCAAGGACUCUCUCCCUUCCAGUGAGAAGGAAUUGGUGAGUGCAGACAUCUAUUGAACAGCCUAGUGGGUUAUUUCUUGUUAAAGGCAGGUUGGCGUUUUCUAACAGAGGGGGGUGUUAGAUUGUUAGCUGUGUGGUCCAGAGAAACUGAAUUGUAAUGUAAAAUGUGAUGUUUGCCAGUGACAAGCAAGUGAUAUCUGUUUUGUAGCUGGGAGCUCUUCAGGAAGUUUUGGAGAAAUUGCAGAGUAAACGUGUCCCAUCCUGGGAGAAGAAAUUUGGACAGGUCCCAGUGGUAAGUUUCAUUUUUAUUUUUAUUUUUUUAAAUUUGAAUUAAGGGUUUUGAGAUAGACUGUCUGUGACUGGGACUGAUUUCAUGAAUAUCCCUCUCUGUAUUCCUUCUAUUGUACAGUAUAGGCAAGAUUGCUAAACAGUGUAACUGGCAAAUGAUUAAAGAAAACUGUUAGUUUCCGAAAUCAAAUUGGCAAGAGAAGUCUUCUUUUUCAUAGAAUUCUUUGAUUGUUCUAAAUAGAAAUCCCUCUUUCUCAUGUAGAUGUUGAUGUCUGCAACAGUUACAGUGUAAAUACACAAAUUCGCUUACUGAAACCAACUGUCGCACUAAAGGGGUUUCUGUUGGAAAAUGUACUAAUCUGACUCUCUUUAUAAUACAUGGCAAUCAUUUAAGGGGGAAUGAAAUAGCAGGUGUCAGUCUGUAGAAAUCCUUUCACCACUAUAAGGAAAUAUAUUCCUGUAUUAUUGAUUGAAUCUCACCCCUACCUUGCCUGUGCAAUGCUCUGAAUGGCAGGUGUGUGGUUAAUUCACAUAAUAAUGAUUUUUGAUCAACUAACAUCUAAAACUGAAAAAUGUAUUGUAUGUGAAGAAUUCAUUAACUUUGAUUUAUCAUACAUUUGUCAUUUAACCACAAUAAUCUUCUUAGUGAAUACACCCUUUUAUAUUAAUAUGUAUUACAUUAUGCUUUCUUUCUUUAACCCCUUAAGGACCAAACUUCUGGAAUAAAAGGGAAUCAUGACAUGUCACACGUCAUGUGUCCUUAAGGGGUUAAGCUGUCCAAUAUUUAUUUUUUGAAUUCAUACAUACAUAUUAUAAAUAGAAAUCUAAUUUGGUAUACACUAAGUGGAGUUUAGUCAUAACUUACUAGAGUAAGAAAUUGAAUAGAGAAGGACCCUUAAAGAGAUUGAAGUCUACAGUUAAAUGUUGGGAAAUAUAAGACAUGCAAUAAGAAGUCUAUUUUACAUAAAUAUGUGGAUUUUCUGGGGAAGGGGUGUUACUACAAAUUUAUGAAAUGGAAUAGGCAUAAGAUUUUUUUUAGUAGAAUGUUAAGUCGUUUAACAGAAGUAUGUACUCUGUAAGAAGAAUAUUUUAUCAAAACGGGGAAAUUCUCCAUCUCCGCUAAAGGGACAGCUUGUCUAUUUUUGUCUUAGUUUUGCCACGCAGAUUUUAGCUCACUACAAAUCAGAAUCUAGCAAAUACAAAUGGGAAAAUGAAGUGAAAACAGAGUUUCUCCUGUAGGCAAUUCCACACACCGUGCAACGUGCUGAAUAUUAAUAAAGGCAUAUAUAUUAAUGGUUUUAACUAAUUCUGUAACAUAUAUUAUUCUGUUUUUGUUUUUUUAAUAUAAAUUUUAUCAUAUGUAAUUAUGCAUGUAAUCCCCUUUUAUUUUUAUUUUCUUUCCUUUUACCUGUUUUUUUUAAUUUAAUUUUUAUUGUUUUUAUUUACUAUUAUAUUAUGUUUUAUUAUGUUAUACAUUGUUAAUAAUGCAUUUUUCUAAAAUUGUUAGAUAAAAAUAAUUUUAAAAGAAUCGAGUUAAUAACCUUUCCAAUCCCCUGUCAUAGUAAAGAAGUAAUCUCUUUAAUCUAAAUGGGUUUAUACCUGUACAGGUGUUCUAACACACAUACUUUGAUAAAUGUGCUGACGUAUCAUGCUAUCAGUCUAUACAUUGUAUUAAACUUGUUUAUGCUGUAUGUUCCAGUGUGAUGUUGGGGAGCAAUGUGCGGUGAGGAAGGCAUCACGGAUUGGAAAAUUAUGUAAUUGCCCUGGGGGCUCCGUGUGCAACUUCUUCCUCUUAAAGUGUUUGUAAAUGAAAAGAUGUCCGUCAGCAUUAUCUGCAGAACCAACAAUGACAACCAUCGAGAUAAGAAGCAGACGGGAUCCGUGUGAUGAUAAAAGGCUUUUUACACUCAUACAAUGAUUUGCAACAUACAGGGUUUGUUUUAGGGGGUGAGAAGAAGUACCAGGCCCCCAUGUCCAUAAUUAUCCUAAUUACCAGUGUAACGUCAAUUUAAUUACUGUGGUGGAUGACAGUUAUUGUUAUUGAUAUUGCAGUAAAAAAAAACAUUAAGUUCUAAAAGUGUCAGGACAAUUAGUUUCCUCUCAGCAUUGGGUUAUAUAUUUUUUUUAACUGAUAUUUUUUUCAAUGUGGGUGUAGCCUAAUUAGACGUCCACAGGGGGACUCCACAUUUCAAACUCCAACCACGGCAGAAUCUGCUUUGUUUAUUGUAAUCUGUUGCGUCUUGUUACAGGAUUUGUAAUCUUGUGCAGAUAAUGCAAAUAAAAAAACACUGUCUUUUGUAAAGUAGUAUUUUUCUUUUUUCUUGAAGCCGUUGGAAAAAAAAAUAGAUUGGAAUGGAUUUG